AUGUAUCAGGACAAGGGGCAGUGGUUGAAACUGCCUGGAGUCGCUGUUGUGUUUCGCUGGAUCUCAAUCGCUCCCGAGAGGAGAUAUAAAUUUCCUCCCGAAGGAGAGCUAUUUCUCUUCUUCCGCUCUGGCUGCUCCCAAGAUAUAGGGAGUGUCAGGCCAACUGGAUUAGCCCAGAUUCCUUCUUCGAGUUUUUGGUUUAUGAUUGCAAUCUUUGGUGAAAUAGAAACAGUUAAAAAGAAGAAUGGAAUUAUCCAACAAGCCCACAUUAACACUGGCCAUGGUGGCGAAAAGAAGACUUACAAGGAGGUGUGUGAACAAUAUGGAAAUAUUCCAAGAUCAAUUGUGUCACUAUAUAUCGUGCAUUGUGAGCGCUGUUUUGAAAAGCUUCGCAGAAAAGAAACGGCAGCAGGAGUUGUAGUCAGACCACUGUCCGUAAGAAAUCUCAAUGAAAGAGGACAAGUAGAUCUGGUCGACAUGCAGACUAUGAAGGCUGGAAGUUAUCGCUUUAUUCAUGUGAUUCGUCUCCUGAAAUCAAAGACAGCAGCUGAGGUUGCCAAUGAACUUCUUUUCAUCUUCUUGGAUAUAGGUGCACCACACAUCCUUCAGUCUGACAAUGGACGUGAAUUUACAGCUGAAGUGAUCCAAGAACUUGCCUCACUUUGGCCUGAACUCAUCUUAGUAAAUGGGCGUCCUCGGCAUCCCCGGAGUCAGGGAUCUAUUGAAAGAGGUAAUGGGGAUAUAAAACUCAAGCUCAUGGCAUGGAUAAGAGACAAUAAUUGUGCUAAAUGGAGUUAUGGUGCCCGUUUUGUUCAGUGGGCCAUAUCAUGA